GAAAUCAGUUGCUCCAAUCUGGCAACCCGUGCUGAGUGAGAGGGAGAAAGCAGGAGAAAUGUGAGAAAUCCGUGUCUCGGUGUUUCAUGGCGCGCGCGGAGGCCUGGGCGCUGCGAGCGGAGGAGCGGAUCAGCGGCGCCGUGAAAACACCCCGAGCUUCUUCUUCUUCACGCCCGUCACUCGUCCUUUAUUCACAUCCGCUGACCUGCACACAGCGACGGAAGCGGCUGCAGUCUGUGCACUUUGUGCUCUGAGCUGGUCGGUGCGUUUCCCCCGCACGGUUUUGCGCUUUAACUAAAAGUUUGAGUCGCAAAAAAAAAAAAAAAAAUCUUUUGAGGAACGCAACUGGAUUCACGAGCCUCAGACGUGCACAUGAAGAGUCACAUUUCUCUCAGUUAAUGUGUACCAGCUCUAGAUUUUAUCGGAGAAGAUUGCCGACUACACGACAGUUGUGCUCCGCCUGUUGAAGGAUGUGGUGCUACACAACCUUUUAAUGCACAUGCUACACAAAGGGGGCAUCACCUUUUACAGCCCAGCGUGUUUAAUGUGGACUUUGCUGGGCACCUACGAGGUGGGCAAUCGAGAAGAGCACAGAUACGCCGUUUUGCAGCAAAACCCAAGAGGAAGAAAGCAAAAUGGAUGCCUUUUCUAUUCAGGUGGUAGACAAAGCAGCAGGCAGGCUAGAGCAUCAUGCUAGCUCUCAGGCCCACCUGUACAAAAUUGACGAUGGUGGAGGAAGUGGGAGAGGUUUGUGCAAAGCAGAGAGUAGCACCAGCCCUGAAGAGGCGGUAACUCAAGAAAGCCCUGCCUCGUUUAACAGAGAUCAAAUCAUUGUGGAAGUCAACCUUAACAACCAGACACUAAAUGUUUCCACGGGGUCAGAGGGCAAGAGCAGAGAGCGAGAUCAGACUCAUCACUGCACAUCCAGCGAUGAAGAUAAAGCCUAUGAGCAGAGGCAGGACGAGAUGGAAAUAACCACAGAGGAGGAGAAAGAUGACGAAGAAGAUGAAGAUGAUGACGACGAUGACGAUGAGGAAAACGAUCUAAGAAUUCCAGAGGUUCCACAUUCUAUCAUGGAGAGAACACGGCAUGGGACAAGAGCCAGUGGUGUCCCUUUGUGCCAGGGUCUGGGCAGUGGUAUGCUGGCACAGGGGAAGAAAGAGCAGGAGAGUCUGGGCCAGAAGGUCAAGCUAGAGGAGAAGCAGCACUUCGCCUGUAAGAAAUGCCCACGUGUAUUUAACAAUCGCUGGUACCUGGAGAAACACACCAACGUCACACACAAUCGCAUGCAAAUUUGCAACAAGUGUGGCAAACGCUUCCUUCUGGAGAGUGAGCUUCUGCUGCACCAUCAGACCAGCUGUGAGAAGAGCAUACAGUGUGUGACCUGUGGCAAGGCCUUUAAGAAGUUAUGGUCCCUUCAUGAGCACAACAAGGUCGUCCAUGGCUACGCCGAGAAGAAGUUCUCCUGCGAGGUGUGUGAGAAGAAGUUCUACACGAUGGCGCAUGUCCGGAAGCACAUGGUGGCCCACACGAAGGACAUGCCGUUCACGUGUGAGACGUGUGGGAAGUCAUUUAAACGCAGCAUGUCUCUGAAGGUGCACUCUCUACAACACUCGGGGGAAAAACCCUUCAGGUGUGAGAACUGCAGUGAGCGGUUUCAGUAUAAGUACCAGCUUCGCUCUCACAUGAGUAUCCACAUCGGCCACAAGCAGUUCAUGUGCCAGUGGUGUGGCAAAGACUUCAACAUGAAGCAGUACUUCGAUGAGCACAUGAAAACCCACACUGGCGAGAAGCCGUAUAUCUGUGAGAUCUGCGGGAAGAGCUUCACCAGCCGACCGAACAUGAAGCGGCACCGGCGCACACACACGGGAGAGAAGCCGUACCCAUGUGACGUGUGUGGCCAGCGCUUCCGUUUCUCCAACAUGCUCAAAGCGCACAAGGAGAAGUGUUUCAGACUCAGCAGCUCUUUAGGAGACGACAGCAGCGUGACCUCGAGGGGUGAAGGGUCACACCCUUCCUCUCUUCCUCUCCACCACUCUAUCAGUGGCCUUCCUCCUCCUUCAUCACCUUCCUCUCCUCCUCCUCUUUUCUCCAACUCGAGUAAAGACUAAUGGCUUUAAGUGGAAACCUGGAACUUUUUUUUUAAGUGUUGAACCAAAAGCAGUAGGUCAUUCAAAAUUAAGGUUGGCUCCUUAUUAUACUAAAAAAUGUGUUCUUAAAUAAUGCAUCAUUCGGUUGAGUUCUCAUUAACAGCUGAUAACACAGCUGCGUGAAUCACAUUUUCAUUUAGAAUGUCUUUAUAGACUGUACGUCCUCUAGCUUCUGCCAGUGUGUGUGUAGGUGCUGGAAACAGUCUUUGGUUUCUAUGCUGUUGUAUGCUCUGUAUCCAGCCAGCAGAGGGAGCCAUGUGACCGAGCAGCAACUCGAAAGAGCUUUUUCACAAGAAUGUGUGAUGCCAAUAACCAAAUCUCUGUGCUCCUGCAGUAACCAAACCCUGUGUGUGCUUAUUAAUAAGGUAUGAUGCGUUUAUAAUCACUCCUGCACCUUAUUUCUAACUUAAACCAUUGAUUGAAUUGAUCCGAUGUGAUGUUAGCUUGUCUCUGGCUCAUGUGCUGAGGAAAGGGGACGGAGUUAUACGGAAGGUUCUCCAAAAGAUGUGCAGAUGUCGGAUAUUUUAUAUUAAAUUGCACUUUAUUAAAAUCAGUCUGCAUAUCGGCUAUAAACAGGACUGAAAUAUCAGUAUCGGAAGCCUCUGAUUCUGAAGAGAUAUCGCGUUAGAGCAAUAUAUUCAACUAAAGAUGCUUGCCGUUUUGUUUUUACCUGAAAGUUAUGGUACAGUCAUCUUUUGGAAAAUGUAGCUUUUUUUAUGAAUUGACUUAUUCUAUUGUUACACAUAGGUUUUAAUCGUUUUUUUUUUAUUGAUGUCAUCUUUCAAAUUAGAAAUUGAAUUGGGAUUUAGCUGGAAAGUGAUUUUCUUCCUGCCAGUUUGCCUGUGUGCACACUGUGUACAUCAGUCUAUUCGUUUUCACUGCAGUAAAAAGUUUCCGUUCCUGAGAUAUUUGCUUAAUGUCCAUUAUAAUGUAAUAGAGUUAAUAAAAUAGAUUAAUAUGAAUAGAUCUAAAAUGUUACAUUAGCGAGUUAAAGCUUGUGGCUAUCUCGUAUCUCAAACUCGGACAAAUAUCGCAGAAUUUCUCAACAUUCGAACACACUAUUUGUGACACUAGAAUUGGUUGUUUGAAUAAAUUUGAAGUCAAAUUAAUUCAUAUUUAAUCAAAUGAGAAGUUAAAAAGCACUGUUCAAAUUCUGUGAAUGAAAUUACGAUUCAUUUCCUGACUAAAAUUCAACUGACUGACUGUUAUAAUUAAAUAACUAAAACUACUUUUAUUAUAAGUACUAGUGGCACAAUAAAAACAGAAUAAGGUUAAACUGUUUGUACAAUAUGAACACGCAUAAUCGACUAAGCCACAGUUUACCUUAAUUUUAAUAAAUAGGUUAGAAAAUUAAACAUUUAAAAAAUCAAGUAAAAAUUAAUAGAAAUAUAAUCAAAUCUAAAAACUUUUAUUUUUUUUUCAUUUGUGGUCAUUUAAAGUCUUUAUGGAGAAAAUUGUGUAAAAUCCUAAUAAAGAAAUGAGAUAUUACAGCUUUUAGAGAUGAUCUGAGUCACAUAAUAGCCAUCAAAUAAUAGACAGAUUGUUGCAUAUAAAGUAUUGAACUCAGUAUAAUAUAGUUUCAAUAACAGCUAUAUCAAACAUUAUAUAACCCCUGUUAUUGUACAGUACACACUGUGUAUAAGCUGUAAAUAAGUAGCGUACUUCAUGUCAUUGCCUGUGUGAGCAGUUUUCUGUUUUGUUUUUUUGUUUACAUUGUCCUGGGAGUCAGUUAAAUGUGAUGAUGUGUGAUGUAGCAGACAGACGUUUGUAGAUGUUGCUAGAAGGUAAAAGUAGAUGAAGUUGGAGGGAAAAAUUUGGAAGGAAAAACUGAGAAAUGCUUAAGCACCUUAUAUUUUAGAGUUGCACAUAUUGAUGUGCAAAUUCUUUUGUUUUUUUUGUUUUAUUACCUUGUUAAAUCUGAUCAAUUUUUCACUAUAGAAACUACACACUGUAGAAACUAAAACCCUUAAUCACCCAUAUCUUAUAAAACAUUUUAUUUAACAUUAAAUUCAUUUAGUACAAACACUGAAUUUAUACAUCUGGUUUUAAUUAAGGCCUAUGAAUGACAAUUUCCCAGUUUGUAAUCUCUUUUUGGUUCAUAUUUCCAAUAUAUAUCCAGUAUUUAUUGUUCCAUGUUACAUUCAUAAAUUUUUAUUUAUACAUUUAGGAGAUGCUUUUAUCCAAAAUAAGACCGAAUGCAAUAUGAGAAAUGGGAAUAAACUCUGCACAGCAGGUCCUGGUGUGCAAAAUUGUAAAGCUACUUAUCGAAAACGCCUUCUGUAUUAACAGUGAUAUUAAGUGAUUAACGAAUGUGUUAAUGAAAAUUGCAAGGCAGGAAUGCUGCUACUGAUCAGUGCACUUUGGUUAGGAGAAGACUUAUGCAUCUUAUGUUUUUGAUGCAUUUUUUAUUGUUACACGCUCCUAGUUGCACCUUAUCCUUAAGAGUAAUCAGUUAUAAAAGCAAGGAGUUUCAGGAGAUUUUCUUAACCCUAAAAUAAAACGCACCAUUAAAAGAUUUAAGCAUGUGUUGAUAAUGUGUUAUUUUCAACAAGGACAUGUCAAAAUAUAAUCACCACCCUUACAUUCCAUUAUAAAGGAGGCUGCCAUAUUAGGGCCAGUGCUACUGCUGCUAAGAUAAAGUAUGUCUCAUUCAGACAGCGGCAUUUUGUUUAGUUUUUUUAGACAGAAAUAUGAAGGAGCAUCAGAUGUAUCCUUCUCAGAGAGGGCAAUCCUAAAAUCCCUGCUUAUCAGAUGAGAGUUUCCUUACAAAGGCCAAAAAACAUGGUUUCCUUAAAAGCAGAGUUGCUUGAAGUCAUAAUAUAUAUAUAUAUAUAUAUAUAUAUAUAUAUAUAUAUAUAUAUAUAUAUAUAUAUAUAUAUAUAUAUAUAUAUACAAUUCUAAAUAUCAUUCACUUAAAAAUACCAAGGAAAAGUUCCAAGACUAUAUACUCUAAAUUUAUUACUAUAAUGUUAAGCUUUUUGACUGUUGAUUACCCGCUUGCUAACAUUAAAUUAUUAUUCCUUUUUGCCAGUUUAAGUUCUAAAUAUAAUUGAAGAAGUAGAACAACUGAAUGAUUAAAUUUUUUGCCUGGCAUAACAUUUAUACCAUGGGUUAAUAACUUGCAAGUUUUUUUUACCAAAGUCAUGUAAGAUAUACUAAGCUUAAAUCAUGAUCUUAAAUAUUCAGUUAUAGUGCAAAAAUCAAUUUUACAACCUGAAGAUGUUUGAAAUUUGCUGUGCAAACCAUAUAUUCCUUAUAAUUAUUAAAUAAAUUACAUUUGUGGUAAUUUUGAUUAAUAGUAGACAGAAGUUUUAAAGUAUUGACACAAGCUUAUUUUUGUUUAGUCUCUAGGUUCACGAUUUGGUACCCAAAAACUUAAACAAAUUCUUUAGUUGGUUCUUUCCCACUAGACUAGAAAAAAAAGACUAAUGCUGAAAUAGAUUCCUAUACUCUAUAGUUUUAAACACUAACUUUUUUAUUUUAAAAGAAAAGCUCACAAAUCUCUUCAGUCAUGCACUUACAAAUGAUUCAAAUUGAAAAGGUGACUUUUCAUAAAGCUUUUUUUUUUGCACUUUAUAGGGUUUUUCUUUUUUAAAGAAAUGUUUGUCUUUAAAUUUCAAAUUUAUUUCUAUUAAGAAUUUUUGUUUUUAAAACGUUGGCGAAUCUUACUGUUUUACUGUAUUAAUCUUAAUUCUUAAGGAUUGCUUUUUUUUUACUUUAUUGAAUAUCAGAAAUAUAUAUAUAUUAUAAUCAUGUUUGGAUUUGCUGCUAGUUAUGUGUAAAUUAGCAAUUUGUGGCCUUUAAAAUUUAUAUUUUGUAAUACCUAAAAUGGUUUCAUGACAUUGCAUACAUUUAUAUGCCAAUAGAGAGCAUUUACAUGGGAGUUUAUUUUGCGGGGGUAAAGUUUACUUUUUUUUUUAAACCUAGUUUAACCUGUAUUGGUCAUCAGUGGGUUUUUUUGUUGUUGUUGUUACAGCAUGAAACCGGGAGAAAAAAAGAAUUUGCACUUUGAAUUUGGUUCCAAGAUCAGUGUAGGAUUUAUGCAGAACUCCACCAUGUGACUCAUUAUAGCCAAAUCAAAAAAUGUAAUCACGUUUUGAAAAAAAGCUAAACGAAAUCUAAUAUCUUAUAAUAUAACCUAAUAUGUAUUCUCGAUCGACUGUUCCUGCAUAAUUUUCUACUUUUACCAUGUAAACCCAAUAUCUUAGUAAGCGGUGUGUGUGUGUGUAAAAGUCACAUGUAUGCAGUAGUCAUGUUGGUUUUGUAAACUUGGUAAUAAAAAUUAUACAAAGA